AUGUCAGUCCAGGCACCACCUGCAGCAAUCCCCACGCCCUCUCACAUUGAGCCUCCAAACCCAUCACAUCCAGCCUCAACCUCACCCCUACCCCUCCCACCAAUCUUCCAACACGACCCCGCGCCUCCUCAACUCAUCACCCAAGGCGCCGAAGCUCUUCUCUACCGCACAACAUACCUCCUGCCAUCCAUACAAUGCGCGCUCAAAUACCGGCCUUCGAAGCCUUAUCGCCAUCCCAUUCUCGGUGCGCGAUUAACGAAACAUCGGAUCUUAUCAGAGGCCAGGGUAUUGGCAAAGUGUAGGAAAGAAGGGGUCCCUGUACCGGCAGUGUACGGCUUAGAUGAGAGGGAAGGAUGGCUGAUGAUUGAGUGGAUUGCAGGGGAGGUGUUGAGGAUUAAGUUGAAUGAGUGGUUGAAGCAGCGGAAGGACGAGAAGGUCCCAGAAGAGCGCGAGAAUGCGCCAGAUGGGGGCCGGAUACACGAGGGACUGCAUGUGCUAAAGGGCUUGAUGGGGAGGAUAGGAAGUGCGGUAGGGAGAAUGCAUGGAGUUGGGAUUGUGCAUGGGGAUCUGACUACGAGCAAUCUGAUGCUGCGCCCGAGGAGUAACGAUACUGCGGAGGGCGGUGCGGGUGAUGGAGAUGGCAUUCUGGACGGUGAAGUGAUACUUAUCGAUUUUGGAUUAGCGAGCCAGAGCACAGCAGAUGAGGACCGAGCAGUGGAUUUAUACGUCCUGGAGAGAGCCUUCGGAAGCACACACCCAAGGGCAGAAGGCAUGUUCUCAGAACUACUCGCUGCGUAUGGAAAGAGUUUCAAAGGGGCCAAUAUUGUGUUAAAGAAGUUGGAGGACGUCAGAAUGAGGGGCAGAAAGCGAAGUAUGCUGGGAUGA